GAGAAAAUAAACAGUGCAAGCUCUAAAACAGUUAUGGCGACCAGUGUUCUAGCAGCAGCAGUUCUCUUGUUCUCUGUGCUAGUAAUACCUACUCAAGGACAGGAUUGUUCCCCUCUGCCUUGCUUUGGUUGCUCAGACACAGGCUCAGCCAUCACCAUCACUUGUGCUGGUGGAGGAUUGACUUCAUUCCCUUCCCUACCAGACGAUGUGCAGCCUCGAGUAGAUGAGCUAGUCCUCCGUAGCAACCAGAUUACAGAGCUAACUACUGCAGACCUUGUCAAUUACACCAUAUUGGAGACUCUGGAUUUGUCUUUCAACAAUUUGUCAUCCAUUGAGUUUGGCAGUUUUGGGAGCAACGUUAACCUAGAGGAACUGGAUCUGAGCAAUAAUCGGUUGACUCACAUUUCAGAGAAUCUGUUCGAAAACACAAGUCUUACAACACUAGUUUUGUCGAACAAUCUCCUGAGGAGCAUCACUGCUGAUACAUUCAAUGGCUUGCAAUUUUUUCCCAUCAUAAAUCUUGGCAAUAAUAUCUUUGAGUCACUACCCAGUGAUCUCUUCUCUUCACUGCCAAGCAGAAUCGCAGAAUUGAUAUUGGUUGGGAAUCCUCUUGUAUGCGACUGCCACUUGAGAUGGUUAUUCUCCUUCCUCGCUGAUACAAAUCAGCAACCACUAGUCUCUGACAUUGGGUUUUGUGAAGCUCCAGUUUUCAACAAUACCAUAGUAGCAGUGAGUAGUAUCGCAGACGCUGAGGAUUUCGGAUGCACGUGUGAGCCGCAGUGUGUGAAUGGAGCAUGCAACACAACUGUUGGAGAAUGUGAAUGUGCAGCAGGGUAUCAUGGAGACAACUGUAGUCUAGAAUGUCCUGAGGGGUACUACGGGGACGAUUGUGCCGGAGUGUGUGCAUGUGAGAAUGGAGCUAGCUGUAAUCACAUCACUGGAGAGUGCAACUGUACAGCUGGAUGGAGAGGAGAAGCAUGCAAUGAAGCCUGUCCUGACGGGUACUAUGGAGAUGGAUGCCAAGCUUGUAUGUGUGAGAAUGGAGCUAGCUGUGAUCACAUAAGCGGUGACUGUGACUGUACUGCUGGAUGGACAGGAUUGCUCUGUGACGAAAAAUGCCCUGAGGGAUACUACGGGGACGAUUGUGCUGGAGUGUGUGCUUGUGAGAAUGGAGCUAGUUGUUAUCACAUCACUGGAGAGUGCAACUGUACAGCUGGGUGGAGAGGAGAAGCAUGCAAUGAAGCCUGUCUCGAAGGAUACUAUGGAGACGGAUGCCAGGCUUGUAUGUGUGAGAAUGAAGCUAGCUGUGAUCACAUAAUAGGUGACUGUGACUGUACUGCUGGAUGGACAGGAUUGCUCUGUGACGAUGAAUGCCCUGAGGGGUACUACGGAGACGAUUGUGCUGGAGUGUGUGCUUGUGAGAAUGUAGCUAGGUGUGAUCACAUCACUGGAGAGUGUAACUGUCCAGCUGGGUGGACAGGAGAAGCAUGCAGCGAAGAAUGUGAAGAAGGCACAUACGGACCUGACUGUAUCCAUGACUGUGAAUGUAGAACAAGAGUGGAGUCUUGUAAUCGAUUUAAUGGAACCUGCACAUGUAAAAUGGACCCACCGGAUUGUGAGGUGUACACCACGCAGCCUAACACUAAUACCAACCCAUCUACUGCUAUUGUAACCCCAAGUGACUCUACUCCAGGUGCUACGGCAUCGUCCCCGGCCCUGUCAACUGGAGCUACUUUGGCGAUAAUUGUCGGUGUUACAGCUGCCGUUUUUGUAGUACUAGUCGCAGUAAUAGUGAUACUAGGAAUUGGGACACGUUUAUUGAAGAAAAAGAUGCGAAUAUCUCCUUCGUAUUCUACUCCAGGAGGUGCACUGAUCCAGUCCGAGUCACAUGAUGUUGAAGGAGGAACAAGUAGACGAUCGUCUGGUGUGUGCCCCACAGCACCUCCUCAGACAUUCUGCAGAGCAGACCACCCACCAUCUUAUGAAGAGGUGGUCACUCAUAAUAUUGGAGUAAAUGCAAAGGAUUUUGAACACAGCACAACAAAAAAGAUAAAUAUGAGAGAAGCUCUUGUCUUGCUGGUGGUUGCAUGUCUAGUCAAGUCAGUUUUUAGUCAAGAUUGUCCAGAGGGAUGCUUUGGCUGUAAUGGAGUUUCAACCAGUAGAGUGAUAUGCUCAAAUGCUGGCCUCACUAGCUUCCCUCUCUUCCCUGUGGAUGUGCAGCAAAAUGUGGAGGAACUGAACCUUCAAGCUAACAACUUUAGUGUUUUGGCCAGGGACGACCUGCAAAACUAUACCAGCUUGACUGCACUAGACCUUUCCUUCAUUGGGCUGAGAGUGAUUGAAGAGGGGAGUUUUACAAACACAACAGCUCUAGAAGAAUUAGAACUGGAUGGAAAUCUCCUUACUGAGAUUCCUGACAACUUAUUUGAGUUCACACAACUUACAACACUCAAUCUCCUUCAAAACAACAUUGGGAACAUUUCAGCUGCAACCUUCAUAGGUGUUCAAUCAUUCGGUACCAUCAAUCUGCAAGACAAUGUGAUUCGAACUAUUCCGGACGAUACAUUCUCAGCACUUGGUAGACUCAGUGAGCUCAACCUUGGAGGGAAUCCAUUACGAUGCGACUGUGAGCUGCGAUGGUUCCCCGAGUUCCUAGCCGACACCUCCACUUCUCCUUUGCUACCUCUGGAGGCCACCUGCAACUUCCCGUUGAAUCUAAACGGACAGAAUAUACGAGAUUUUUCUGUCGAUGAUUUUUUGUGCAAUUGCUCUCCGAUGUGUGUGAACGGCAGCUGUGAUAUGUCCGUGGGAGAGUGUGUCUGCGAGGAUGGUUACAUUGGCAACGAUUGCAGUACAGAGUGUUCUGUUGGUAGUUAUGGUACAGGAUGUCAGAAUAUGUGCAGCUGUGUGACUGAGCACGAGUCAAGGCCGUGUAACCAUGUCGAUGGUAGCUGUACCUGUAGACCUGGAUACACUGGGGCCUCUUGUCAACUAGAAUGCCCUGAGGGAUACUACGGCCAAGAUUGUCUGGAGGAGUGUGGGUGUCAAAAUGGAGCAGACUGUGACUUUAUAAGUGGCUUCUGCAACUGCACCAUUGGCUAUAUGGGAAUGUUCUGUGAUCAAAUCUGCCCUCCUCUGUUGUAUGGACAAGACUGCUCUCUAACGUGCAGCUGUACGACAGGCAACUGUCAUCACAUCACUGGAGAAUGCGCUUGUCCCAUCGGCUAUUUUGGAACCAACUGUAAUCACAAUUGUACCGAAGUGCCAAACUGUGUGAGUGUAGGAAGAGAAGAAUGUUCACUCUUAACGCCCGAGCAAACUUGUGGUGCUUGCCUCCAAGGUCACGUGGGGGCAGCUGGAACAGGCAACAAUGAAUGCAUACAGUGCUCUGGAUCUCCUGAUUGUGGAGCAUUAAAUAGGGAGCCUUGCAACCAAGUGGAGAACACAUGUGGCCCGUGCUUUCCUAGGCAUCUUGGUGAAACUGGCUAUAGCAACGAAUCUUGCUUUGACCCUUGUAUUGAUGGUGUCCUAAACUACGAUGAGACAGACAUUGAUUGCGGUGGCCUCCUCUGUCCCUCCUGUCAGCUUGGAGACGAAUGUACAUUGUCUGAUGAUUGUGGAGACAGAUCAGUGUGCCUAGGAGUGUACCUGCAUCCCAGUGGAAUCAGCUAUCCAAUAGACCCUAGGGACAACAACACUUGCGUUGGUGACACUUCAGUGGGUGAGUCUGUUCUCAGUAGGUUUAAGGCGGCUUUACAAGGGAGGAUAGAGCCACUAGCGAAUGUGAACCCUUUCUUCACACAAUAUGAGCUGGAGCAAGAAGUAGGGGAAGAGAUCAUAUCUCAAUUUGAGGUUGGGGGGCCACUGCGAUCAGUGGUCAUUUCAGAGCUGAAGCAAGGACCUGGGGAGCUCCUUUAUCAGACGUAUGUUGAGGUACAAGGGUCACCUGAAAACAGCUUCUCACGAAUGAUUGAGAAUAUACACAACGGAAAGUUAAAGGGAACGCUUUUAUUGAAUGAGAAGGACAAAAAAGCACUGUUUAAUUUCUGAACAUAACACACACAGUAUAAUUAUUAAGUGUAUUAAGUAUGAUUUCACAUGUAGGUAUGAUACUGUUCUGUUCAUGUUUGUUUCUCUUUAUGGCCCUCACUCAAUGUCUUUUGUUGGUAACAUCUUGGAGAGCAUUC